GAAGUUUGCUAUUUUCUUUGCUAUUUUUUUUUUUAAAAAUUGGUUGCUGUAAUUUUGUAUUAAAUGCUGGGCAUCCUCAUUAGAUAUGGAACAGAACUGGUUCCAUGCUUGCUCAUUUGACUUCUUUUUCUACAAGAUCUUCGUUUUCUGAUUAUUUUAAUGGAAAAGAAAAAGAGAGAAACCUUUACCAUCUCUCUGGACAAAUGCUUCAAGCAAUCUGCGAUGACGCAUGUAGAAAUAGAAUAUAAGCCAGAUGAGAUAUUUUUUUCUUUUUUUUGUUCUCUUAGGAUAAAACCAGUCAAGAAUCUUGCUGAAUUUUUUAGCAUUUAUCUAAAUCGGUGUUCUGCUCUGUCAGUACUAACUGACUUCACAGGAUUCUUCCGAAUCCGUUUGGCUGUGUUCAUGUUUGUUCAGUAUUUAGUUGUUUCUUUGAUAGUUGUUAUAUAAAUGCUAAAGAGAUCACUUGUUUGUGUUCUGCAGAAGCAAUAUAACUGCUAAAGAGAUAAUUUGUUUUAACCUUUUGACUCUUUCGAGUCGUUAUGGCCGAGGAGAAUGGCUUGAAUGGUGUUGCAAAAACACACGAGGCCAGUACAUCAAAAACCCAUGAAGAGAAGUCCGCCAUAAAUGGGAAUUCGCAAGAGACAGAGAAGAGCAAGGGAGACGAGAAAACGAACACAGUUCCGUUUCACAAGCUCUUUUCAUUUGCAGAUUCAUUAGACAUUCUGUUGAUGAUUGUGGGCACAAUUGGUGCUGUUGGGAAUGGGAUUUCUCUGCCCCUUAUGACGAUUUUCCUUGGAGAUACGAUUAAUGCCUUCGGAGAAAACCAGAAUAAAGAUGUGGUACACGUAGUUUCAAAGGUGUCCCUAAAAUUUGUUUACUUGGCAGUAGGGUCUGCUGUAGCCUCAUUUUUGCAGGUGGCUUGUUGGAUUGUUACAGGAGAGAGACAAGCUGCAAGAAUAAGGGGUUUGUAUUUACAAACUAUAUUGAGACAAGAUAUAGCCUUUUUUGAUAAGGAAACAAACACUGGAGAGGUCAUUGGUAGAAUGUCUGGAGACACUGUUCUUAUACAAGAUGCUAUGGGAGAGAAGGUUGGAAAAUUUCUACAACUCGUAUCGACAUUCUUCGGAGGUUUUGUGGUAGCAUUUAUCAAGGGAUGGCUUCUUACCCUUGUCUUGUUAUCCUCUAUUCCACUUCUAGUGUUAGCUGGUGCAGCCAUGUCUAUCACUAUAGCUAAAAUGGCAUCCCGUGGACAAACUGCUUAUGCAAAAGCUGCGUCUGUAGUUGAGCAAACUAUUGGUUCAAUCAGAACUGUUGCAUCAUUUACUGGGGAGAAGCAAGCUAUAAGUAAUUACAAGAAGUUUCUGGUUACCGCUUACAAUUCAGGUGUUCAUGAAGGCUUGGCUACAGGAUUAGGUCUUGGUGUUGUAAUGCUAAUCGUCUUCUGUAGUUAUGCUUUGGCAAUAUGGUUUGGUGGAAAAAUGAUCCUGGAAAAGGGAUAUUCAGGAGGCAAUGUGAUUAAUGUGAUCAUUGCGGUGUUGAGUGGUUCUAUGUCCUUAGGGCAGGCAUCUCCUUGCAUGAGUGCAUUUGCUGCUGGACAAGCUGCAGCUUAUAAAAUGUUUGAGACUAUCAGCAGAAAGCCAGAGAUAGAUGCUUAUGACACAAGGGGAAAGAAAUUGGAUGACAUCCGUGGAGAUAUAGAGUUGCGGGAUAUAUAUUUCAGUUAUCCAGCCAGACCAGAUGAGCAAAUAUUUAGUGGGUUCUCUCUUUCUAUCCCAAGUGGCACGACUGCAGCUUUGGUUGGACAAAGUGGAAGUGGGAAGUCGACUGUUGUCAGUCUGAUAGAGAGAUUUUAUGAUCCACAAGCUGGGGAAGUUCUUAUUGAUGGUGUCAACCUCAAAGAGUUCCAGCUGAAGUGGAUUAGGGAAAAAAUUGGACUUGUCAGCCAAGAACCUGCAUUGUUUACUGCCAGUAUCAGGGAUAAUAUUGCAUAUGGAAAAGAUGGAGCAACAAUUGAGGAGAUAAGAGCUGCAGCUGAACUUGCCAAUGCUGCUAAAUUCAUUGAUAAACUACCUCAGGGACUAGACACCAUGGCUGGUGAGCACGGAACUCAGCUAUCCGGUGGACAGAAGCAAAGAAUUGCAAUAGCGAGAGCCAUCCUGAAGGAUCCGAGGAUUUUACUUUUAGAUGAAGCCACAAGUGCACUUGAUGCAGAAUCUGAAAGGAUAGUUCAGGAGGCAUUAGACAGGAUUAUGGUCAACCGAACAACUGUUAUUGUUGCUCACCGUCUUAGUACAAUUAGGAAUGCUGAUGUAAUUGCUGUCAUUCAUCGUGGAAAGUUAGUCGAAAAAGGCUCACAUUCAGAAUUGCUUUCGGAUCCUGAAGGAGCAUACUCUCAGCUUAUACGCUUACAAGAGGUAAAUAAAGGUUCAGAACAUGCAGCAGAGAACCAUAAAAGAUCAGAUCUUUCUUCCGAAUCCUUUAGACAAUCAAGUCAAAAAAUUUCACUGCAAAGAUCCAUUAGUCGGGGAUCAUCUGGCGUAGGAAACAGCAGCCGCCAUUCGUUCUCAGCACCAUUUGGUUUACCUACAGGAAUUAAUGUUGCUGAAAAUUCCCAAGAAGAAACUGAGGUUUCUCCAUCACAAGAAAAAGCUCCAGAGGUCCCAAUCAGUCGCCUUGCAUAUCUCAACAAGCCUGAGAUUCCUGUGCUUACACUUGCAACUAUAGCAGCUUCUCUGAACGGUGUUAUAUUUCCAAUUUUUGGAAUACUUCUUUCUAGAGUGAUCAAAUCAUUUUUUGAUCCCACACCUCAUGAAUUAAGAAAGGAUACGAAGUUCUGGGCAAUAAUCUUUAUGAUACUUGGGGUGGCAUCGUUUUUGGUACUUCCAUCACAAUUUUACUUCUUUGGUGUGGCUGGAAAUAGAUUAAUACAGCGUAUACGAACAAUUUGCUUUGAGAAGGUAGUUCAUAUGGAGGUUGGUUGGUUUGAUGAUCCUCAGCACUCAAGUGGUGCAAUUGGUGCUAGGCUUUCAGCAGAUGCAGCGCUAGUUCGUGCUCUAGUUGGAGACGCACUAGCUCAGCUGGUCCAAAAUAUUGCAACAGCAGUAGCAGGUCUAGUCAUUGCCUUCACUGCAAGUUGGCAAUUGGCCUUCAUUAUUCUUGCACUAAUUCCUCUAAUUGGAGUCAAUGGAUAUGUUCAAGUGAAGUUCAUGCAAGGGUUCAGUGCUGAUGCAAAGAUGAUGUAUGAGGAAGCAAGCCAGGUUGCAAAUGAUGCAGUGGGGAGUAUAAGAACUGUUGCCUCUUUCUGCGCGGAAGAAAAGGUGAUGCAAAUGUACAAAAAGAAAUGUGAAGGCCCUUUGAAGACAGGAGUAAGGCAAGGCCUUAUAAGUGGAAUAGGAUUUGGUGUGUCUUUCUUCUUGCUGUUCUCUGUGUAUGCAACCAGUUUCUAUGCAGGAGCUCAACUUGUUAAGCACGGGAAAACAACAUUCUCGGAUGUUUUUCAAGUUUUCUUUGCUUUAACCAUGACAGCUUUAGGAAUUUCUCAAUCAAGCUCUUUUGCUCCUGACUCCUCCAAGGCUAAGAAUGCUGCUGCUUCUAUAUUUUCAAUUAUUGACCGAAAGUCAAAGAUAGAUCCAAGUGAUGAGUCAGGAAUGAUACUAGAGAAUGUACGAGGAGAGAUUGAGCUUCGUCAUAUAAGCUUUAAGUAUCCAUCAAGGCCAGAUAUUCAAAUUUUUCGAGACCUCAGCUUGGCUAUUCAUUCGGGAAAGACUGUGGCUCUAGUUGGUGAAAGUGGAAGUGGGAAAUCAACUGUCAUCUCAUUGUUACAAAGAUUUUAUGAUCCGGAUUCUGGUCAUAUAACUCUUGAUGGAGUUGAAAUUCAAAGGCUGCAAGUAAAGUGGUUGAGACAGCAAAUGGGACUUGUGAGCCAAGAACCAGUCUUGUUCAAUGAUACAAUUCGGGCCAAUAUUGCAUACGGAAAGGAUGAAGAUGCAACUGAGGCAGAGAUUUUAGCUGCAUCAGAAAUGGCCAAUGCACACAAGUUCAUCAGUAGCUUACAACAGGGGUAUGAUACUAUUGUAGGAGAGAGAGGAGUCCAGUUGUCCGGAGGGCAGAAACAAAGGGUAGCCAUUGCUCGUGCUAUAAUCAAGAGUCCAAAGAUACUGCUAUUAGAUGAGGCUACAAGUGCUCUGGAUGCAGAAUCUGAGAGAGUGGUUCAAGAUGCAUUAGACAGAGUAAUGGUGAACAGGACGACAGUUGUCGUAGCCCAUCGGUUAUCUACAAUCAAGAAUGCAGAUGUUAUUGCAGUUGUUAAAAAUGGAGUUGUUGUAGAAAAGGGAAAGCAUGAGACAUUGAUCAAUAUCAAAGAUGGUUUUUAUGCUUCCUUGGUGGCACUGCAUAUGACUGCCUCAACUGCUUGAUUUGCUACCUUUUGUAUUUAUUUUUUUAAAAUUUCUUUUAUUCCUGUUAUGACAAUUUUGGUGAAGGCCAAAGAAGCAGAUUCUGAGAUAUAUUAUAUUUAAAUUUUGCUCCUUCCAA